AGCCGUUGGUUUGAACACACACACAAAGACUUUUAAUCAAACUAAAAAGAGGCAUAAAGUAAAUAGAAGGAAACAGAAAGCAUGCCUAAAAUAAACACUCAAGCAGACAUUGCUGCAGGGAACAUAUAUAGGGCUUGCAUGAGGUUAACGGGUGAGCGAGUUCGGGCUUGCCACGAGGGCGGGGACGCGUCACAGUCUCGACGCGGCGACGCGGCGACAAGCUGGCGAAAGGAGUGGUGCCGGUCUCACCAUAGGUCGCGGUGUAGGCUGACCGACCGGGCGACCGGAGUGCGCCCGCUCUGGCUAGGCGAGGAAAAGCAGGCGGCUUGGUGGCGCGAGUAGACGGCGUCGGCGUUCUGGCCGGGCAGCUGGCGUAGAACUCGGGCCCGAAGCCCGACUGUUCUCGUCUCGCCCACGGGCGCAGAAGCUCACCGGCCUUGAGGAGCUGGCGGCCCGUUCAGGUAGACGGGCGACGCACAGGAACAGGUUGGCAGGAGGCCGCGGUCGGGUGAAGUCCUGGUGGCUCGGGUCCGGAACCCGACGGCCUGUCUUCAACGCCCGCUCCGGUGGUUGACCUCCUCCUGCCGUCGCUUCCUGGGACUCUCCUGGCGUCUCCCUUGCGUCUCCUCUGCGUCUCCUUGCGUAUCCUUGCGUGUCCUCUCUUCUGCCAGCGCACCACGCUUUUUCUUCUGUCUGGCCGAUUAGGCAUUCUCAGAUUGGCUGCCCGACGCCCCGUGGUCUUUUCUAAUUGGUUGCUUUUCUUCUUUUUGUUGUCUUUCAUGCGCCGCGCGUUCUCGUGCCGGACGCUCUUCGGCGUCGUUGUUUUCCUUCUUCCACCUCGGCGCGCGUGCACUCAGCGUCGUCUGCUCCUGACCGUCCCGAUCACCGCACCAUGUCGCGCACCACACAUCACAGCCCCAGUGCCCCUUCCCGUAUGUGUCUGACUAACUAAAGAUGAAAAGUGAAAGAAACGCAUAUUCAGGAAUCCUUGAGUUGACAGGUGUACCUGGCAGUCGUCCCUCGUGCUCCUAGUUUCGUGUGUAUGCGUUAUCUUUGUUUGUUUUCAUUCUAGUUGACUACUUAGCAACUCGCCCAGCACUCAGCCUUGUCGUCAGACUCACAUCGAAUAGGCCUGAAGAAGACGACUGUCGCGCCAGGCCGCGAGCACGAACAGUGACGAUUCCCUCCCUUUCCAAGACGAGAGCGUUCCCGGAAGUCUAUCAAUAUACAGCUCCCAUCAUAAGCAACAGCUUGAGCCUUCGUCCGCCGUUACGAGCAGCUUGUGAAGCUGACCACAAUUUACGUAGCGAACGUUUUGUUCGUUAUGUUUUCUCGUGUCUACCUGGACUCUCUUGGGUGAUCGACUUGGUCAAGCUCCAAUAGCUUGAGCGGGUCGGCUUAUUACCUGGUCAAGCCGGCGCUACCCGACGGACUCGGCAGCCCCUUUGCAAUAUAUCUCUAUUUAAAAAGUACCGUUUAUGAGACAGAGUUCAUGACUGUGCGCCAGGAGUUCAUCUCAACAGCUCAAUCGUGUCAGGCAGCGUACAAAGGCUAUCAUGUGGGGCAAAGUGGCGAGCACUUCGUGGCACGACUACCCCGUGUGGCUCACGUUCAUCAUUGUCUGGUUCGCGUCGCUCGAGUUCAGCUUCAUACCCGUCUUCGCGGUUACCCUGCUGGAGUGCACAAAGCUGAAAGCCAAGCAGAGCAUCGCUCCGCUGCCUGUGCGGGUACCGUCGAGCUGGGAGCAAGCCAUGAUCUACCGGCAGCAGAUUGCGGUCGAAGUCAUCGAUAACCGGAAGGUGCUCGAGAAACGGAGCACGCUAAUGGCAGCGUCACAAGUGGCACCCGGUCGACAGCCAUCUCACAAAACGCGCGACCCCAACACGUCCCCGAACUCGGAUACGGAGCACAUGGCGAGCGACGUGUACGUGGCGUCCGAUCGCUCAAAACGCGACGUCAAGUCGCCGAGCGACUGGCGCAACUUCUCCAUAAGCGACGAGUCUCCUCCGGCCAGAAAGUCCAAGAAGAGGCGAGCGUCGCGCAAGUCCGCCCACGAAACGGGAACGUUGCACCAGUCCCGAAAUUUGAGCUCGCUGCGCCGGUUAGCGAGGCGGGUUCAAGAGAAGCCAGCCAAGCCGACGAAGGGUAAGCCGGCCGCCUCUAUCGAAUCGACGCCGAGGUCUGUACUGGCAGAGGCCCCCAAGCCGCUUUACUUUCUUCCCCCCGUCGUCGCUCCCGCAGUAGCCGCCGUUCCGCCUCCAAAACCGGUGGACAAGAUCAUGCCCACGGCUGCAGAGCGCGACAAAGCCAGCGACGAAAGUGGCGACAGCUUCGAUGAGAUGGACUUCGUCGUCGACUCGGCGCCCCUGCCCAUUGUGUCCACUCCGGUACCCUUCACGGAUGCCAUCCUUCCAAUGCCGUCGGCCAAGCGGCUGCCGGUCAUCGUGAAGUCAUUUGAGGAUGAAGGCGACAAGCCGGAUUUCCUGCAGCGGUACCAGAACGCGGCGUCGGGCCCAGAACCAGCGUUCCGAGGGCGGCCCGCUAUACUGACGAGCGACUUGCCCGUCGCCAGGCACACUCCGCCGACGGCAUCUGCUACCCCUGCUGGAGCCGGUGCUACGACGUCUCUAGCGCACGGCGAGACCUCUCGCCCGCGCGUGCUACGAGCCGAAGCGGACGCAGUCACCGAGAUGCGAGCAGCCGGCCGGAUGGAAGAGCGUCAGGCGCCAUCGAUGCAGCCCGACGGGCGACGCACUCCCGUCAGGAGAGCCUCGCGCAAGCGAUCGAUGUCGCGAAGGUCAUCGAUGACCUCUCAGAAGCCGGGCAGCUUCGCCACCUCUGGCCAACGCGUGCCGCAGGUGCCACAGGUGACUACGCAGGCAUCCUCCUCGGUCGCCUCAGCAAAAGCGCCUUCUUCCGGUUCAGUCACCCCAGCCACUGGCGUUGCCACUACCGGAGGGGCUUCAGACACUGCUGGAGCAAGCGGCAAGAUUAAGCAGGCCGUGUACGAUGAACCAUCGCCCGCGCAACCAAGGCCUACCGGCAAGACGCUCCACAAGGCGGCAGCAGCAUCUGAAACCGCGAGGUCAACCGGAAAGCGCACAGAGGGCGUCGAGGAACAUCCUGGGAAGCACAAGCCAUCGUCGUCCCAGCCUCGACAAGAUGGGGCGAAAAGUGUCGAAAGUUCCAAGGCACAGCAUCUAGAUACUAGGACCGUGACCGCUGCCUCACAGCCGGAGGCUACCGACCACAGCAACCGAUCCGGUGGCAAGAUGGUCCGGUCGCUUCGCAAGCUCGCCGUCGGCCUCAGGCGCCGUUCACGUCGGCCGCCCCUCUCUCGCAAGAAUCUCGACUCGAAUCAGAGCAUCGAGGACGCAGCUACUGCCAGGGCCGCCGACGUUUCGGCAGUGUCCGCCGAAAACGCCGCUCCGGAACCGGGUAACUCGGUUUCGCCGUUCGUGGCUUCCGUGGCCGGAACGUCGCCGACGCAGUUCACCAAUCGCCAAGCGCUAGAGUUGGAAGCCGCGACAGGACUCUUUCAGCAGUGGGAGAGAGCAACUGCCUCUGGACAGCGGGCUAUCGCGGAUCCUCCACCGGCCGUCGUCGUGCACAAGCCAACCUCACAGAUGCCGGCCAUGACGACGUCCAGCGGGACGUCCAGCGGGACGCCCCAUUCGUCGUCGCCCGCCAAGGAAAGCGAGCGCGGUCCCACCGCUGCUGCGGCUGGCGUCGAGGCAAAGGCCGCGGGGCCCUGCGACGCUGCUCCUUCCGCAGCCGUCCAGAGUCUCAAGGAAUCGCGGGACGCUUCCGGGAGGACCAGUGCUCUGCGGAAACGCCGUUCCCGUCGCUGGAAAAAGGGGCGGAAAACGAGCGACGAACGGGGUGACCCCGAAUCAGAAGGCCACCAGUGAUUGAUUGGUGGCACCAGCCUCCGAGAUCUUUGUCGCUUGCGGCGUUCAGCGCCCGUUCCCAGAGACCAUACGCCAGCGUAUUCCGGUUUCGGGAACGCGCUCCACGAGGCUCCCGUCGCCGCGCCAUAGCAGUGCCCGUAAGGCUUUCUUUCAGGCAAAGACCCAAGAAGCUGGAAAUGAGGGAAAACUCGUGCAUUCCUGGAGGGGCUACAUUCCCGAGCACCGCUGUGUUUCGAUCCGAGUGUUGUUGUUGUUCUUAGGGGCGCAUUCAGAUCUUGGCAAGCGCGCAAUGGAUGCUCUCGAAUACACGAGUAGUUGUGCGUCCCUCUUACCCCGCCGCUAUUUCUGUCGCUUGUACAGGACACUACUGCAGCGAUCCUCAAAGCGAGCUAAACUGUGUUCAUGAACUGUGCAUCACGAGUUGUCAUGUGGAUCUGAAGCAGAGGCCAGUAACGCGCUUCCGUAUCUGUAGGCGCGUCGAAGGCAUUGCUAGAUUAACUGUGCCUAGUAGGUACUUUAAAUUAUUUCUGAUAUACCUAAGAGCAUUCAAAUUCACAACGGCAGCUUCAUCUUUGCAGGUGUAUGGCCUGCAAUUCGAUAUUUGUGCGGAAUACGGGACUUCGAAGAACAUGCGCCAAGAAAUGUCUCAUUUUGCACACUUUCGCUCAAUCAUUGGCUGCCUCAUUAUGGUCUGCAUCAUCCUGUGCUUCUACAUACAGCGUCUUCAUUUAUUUUGUCACCCUGCUUCUUCGCACUCUGUCCUUUUCCUCGAGCAUUUGAGCAUCUCUGAGCACGUAAUGCAUAGAUAACGCGAUGUUCCGGCCGAAACUGUUCCCUUUUCAAGUGAACUUCAUUAUAAACUGCAAAUUCGGCUAAGUGCCGCACAUUACUUAGGUAGGCUUGAUUCGUAAGCCGUCGUUUAUGAGUACUCGUAUGGGCACAUUGACGAAGAUGUGGUCAAGAAUGUUUUCUUCUUAUAUUUCAAUUUACGUAUUCAAGUAAAAUUGGUCAUGCGCACGUGCGUGCUCGUGCACAGUAAGUAUCUGCAGAGUUUUCUGCUUUUCGGGCACAGUUAGCGGCAAUUUGAAGACGCUGAAUAUCGAGCGUACAGCGUUACUCCCAUUAAAAUGCACACGCCAGAGAGACUGACGCCAUGGUUGAGAUUCAACGAGUCAUUCCGUGGGCCGUGCAUUCAAAUGGGUGUUCUGCCAUAAAUAUGUGCCUAAAUUGUGAACGAGCUGCAAACAAAACAAAAGGUCGCAGGAAGAUGGAGAUAUUAUUGAACAGGGACAACAAGCACAACCUCGCCGUGGAGUUCCGACAAAGCUACGUCGGCUUAUCGGCCACCUUUUAGCUGCAACUGUUUUGAAACUGACCUUGGGCUGAGGUCACAUUCCUGUGUUCACCAACUGGUCGAAAAGCCUCCCAAGGAUACGCCAAACUCAUUGUUCAUUAAAGAUUUUCGUCCACCCGGCUACAGCACAGCACGCGCGAGCUGGGGGAUUAGGUGCGCAAAGUCAUCUCAAUUGCUCCGAGCUGCAAAGAAAACACAUGUGGUUCUCACUAAAAAAGUUUUCUAUUUGAAAAAUUUGUCCCAGUCCUGGAAUCGAACGCGGGGCCAACGCCUUUCCGACCCGGCCGUGUUGCUGUUUCACAUAACCAGGCGGUUAUCAGAUCUUAUAGCGAGGCUCAGUCGAUAAUUCGAAGCGAGGGGACACUGACACCAGUAUUCUACAACGUUUGGGCACCCUUCAAGAGCGGUAGCCAUGGUGCUUGAUGGUCAUCCACAGCAAUCCUUGAAAAGUAUUCAGUCAAGGAGCGGCACUGUGCUCAACUUGGUGGCAUAAAAGAAGAGCUUCGGGCCAAGGGUCAUUUGAGGAUGUAGGUGUGGAUGUGAGAAAUCAGUUCUGUGGCAGCUCACAGAGCAGAUCUGUUCUACGGGCCACGAGGAUGUUUCCUUUCGUGAUCCGCCUUGCGGGCUUCCCAAAAACUAAUUUGCCAAACGAGUAGUUGCAGCCACAUAUAGAACGCAUAAAUGCGCAGCGUUCAGCGCCGACUAGCGUCCCAAGAUGUGCGCAUGUGUUAACGCCUACUGUUAGUACCAAUGCCUCACGCAGAAUUGCAUACGACACAAAUUGUGUCGAUCCAACGCACUGCAGGAAUCGACUUGACUUUAUGCGAAGGCAGCGAGCAGACCAUCCGGCAUCGUUCGGUGUUCUAUAGGCACUUACCAAACGGACUAACAUAUUUGUGUAAGACUUGACAACUUUGUGUGACACGAGCAUGUGCAUUUCGACAGCAGCAAGGUGCCGACGACUGUGAUGACGAUAUUACUACAGCGGCGGCAUGACGACUGAUUUGCUGCUCCCCGUUGGGGAAAUGUUAGGGUGUUUUAACGCACAGGUCCCGACAUUACACUCCUCCAAUUUUUAAUGCAUUGUUUCGGUCACAAGCUAUGCACGACACAUAUAAAAAAUA